AUGGGAUCUUUGGUGAAGACACAUAAAGGAGCCGUCCUCUACGGAGCGCAAGAUCUCCGCAUUGAAGACUGCAUCACCACGACCCCAGAAGACCACCAAGUCCAGAUCCGUGUCCGCGCCACAGGAAUCUGCGGCACCGAUAUGCACUAUUUCCAAAACGGCCGCAACGGAAUCUAUGUUGUGAAAGAACCUUUGAUCCUGGGUCAUGAAGCAGCAGGCGAAAUCUCCGCCGUCGGGAAGAAUGUCACUGAAUUCAAGAUCGGUGACAGAGUAUUGAUGGAACCGCAAAGACCUUGUGAGAAAUGUGUUGUUUGCCGCCGAGGACGGUAUAACCUUUGUGAUCGGAUGAAGUUCAGUGGCUCUGCGAGCUGCUAUCCCGUGGUCCAAGGCUCGUUGCAACAGUUCUACAAUCAUGCGGCUAGCUUCGUAUAUCGACUACCGGAUAAUGUAUCAUUUGUUGAAGGUGCUCUCGUUGAGCCUCUUGCUGUUGCGUUGCAUGCUGUAAGACGGUCAGGUGUUGAAACUGGACAGUCUGUUCUCAUUCUUGGGGCUGGUGCUGUUGGGCUGUUGUGUGCAGGUGCAGCAAAGAUUGCGGGGGCUUCGAGUGUCAACAUCGUUGACAUCGAUGAGGGGAAGCUGAAUUUUGCUUUGGGUGAAUCGAGGACGGACUUCGCUGCUCGAAUAGCAGAUGAGACCCUCGCGCAACCCGGCUUUGGACUCGUGGAUGUGGUUUUCGAAUGCACUGGCGCAGACACUUGCAUGAAUAUUGCCAUUCAGUGUGCGACUAAGGGCGGUAAGGUAGUGAUGGUGGGCCUCGGGACGCCGGUCCAGAGCCUGAAUAUUGGAUUAGCGGGGGUGCAUGAGGUGGAUCUUCUGGGAAUUUGGAGAUACGCAAAUACCUUUCCCACGGCCAUUGAACUGUUGAGGACUGGGCAGAUAGAUUUAAAGCCUAUGAUCACACAUACCUUUGAUUUGGAGAAAGCGGCGGACUCUUUGAAGUUUACGCUUUCGCGCCCAGACAAUCUGGUGAAGUGUGUCAUUACUUGUAAAUAG